UGAAAAUCCAUUGGUGCAUGGAAAUUCUUAUAUUGUGUAUUCUGUGGAGAAUUUUGUUUAACGGUUAUCCAAAAUCAUACUGAGUGUCAAAAUGGCAUCAGAAGAAAUAGACGACACCCUUUACAGUCGACAGCGCUAUGUUCUAGGAGAUAGUGCUAUGAAACGGAUGGCCCAGUCCUCUGUAUUAUUACAUGGUAUGGGAGGACUAGGAGUUGAAAUAGCCAAGAAUAUUGUUCUAGCAGGAAUUAAGUGUUUAACUAUACAGGACAGUUUAACGGCAACUGUUGAAGAUCUUGGUACACAAUUCUUUAUACGGGAAGAUGAUGUGAAAAAUAAUAGGAAUAGAGCAGAAGUUAGUAGUAAAUGUUUGAUGGAGUUAAAUCCUUAUGUUAGUGUUAAAACUAUAACUGAACCCCUCAAUUUACAGACAGACCUAUCUUACCUUAAUAACUACCAGUGUGUUAUCCUGACAUCGUGUUCACUUCUGCUUCAACUGAAGGUCAAUGACUUUUGUAGAAAUCAGACACCACCCAUUCAGUUUAUUAUGAGUGAUGUAUUUGGUGUAUUCGGUCAAGUAUUUUGUGAUUUUGGUGAUGAGUUUGAAGUCAUGGAUACCAACGGUGAAGAACCUAAGGAAGUUUUUAUAGCAAAAAUAUCCAAGGCAUCACCAGGUGUUGUGACAUGUUUAGAUAAUAAAGUUCAUGGUUUCGAGACGAACGAUGUUGUCACUUUUAAAGAAGUUAAAGGAAUGGAAUCUCUAAAUGGAACACAGCAUACAAUAAAAGUGUUAACUCCAUACACAUUCUCUAUAUGUGAUACAAAUAUUGAUGAAUAUGGUGAAUAUCAGGGUGGUGGAAUAGCUUCACAGAUUAAAGUUUCUAAAAUAGUCAAUUUUGAAUGUUUAGAACAACAAUUACAAGCACCAAGUCUCCUAUUUCCAGAUUUUUCAAAAUUCCAGGCUCCAUCUGUGACCCACCUUGGUUUUCUUACGUUACAUUCCUUCAUGCAGAAACAAAACAGACUACCUGAAGUCUGGUGUCCAGAAGAUGGAGAUCUGUUCCUAUCAUUAGCUAAAGAUCUAAAUAAAGAAAUUGAAUCUGUAGACGAGAAAUUAUUGCAAUAUUUAUGUUACACGAAUCAGGGUUGUCUAGCCCCUAUAUGUGCUACUAUUGGUGGAUUUGUUGCACAAGAGGCAUUAAAAGCUUUGACAGGAAAAUUUACACCUUUAGUUCAAUGGUUAUAUUUAGAUGCCACAGAACUCAUUCCUGAACAACAGUCAACUGAUCAAUUCAAGAAAAGAGGUGAUAGAUAUGACAGUUUAAGAAUCUGUGUCGGUGAAGAUAAAGUUGAACAGUUAGCCAAUACUAGACUCUUUAUGGUUGGAUGUGGUGCCAUAGGAUGUGAAAUGUUGAAGAAUUACGCUUUGAUGGGAAUAAGUCGAGGUCACAGAGGUCAGAUCACUAUAACAGAUAAUGAUUUAAUAGAAAAAUCAAAUUUAAAUCGUCAAUUCCUGUUUCGACCAAAACAUAUCAGGAUGCCGAAAUCUAUAACAGCAGCUCUGUCUGUAUUAGAGAUAAAUCCAGAACUGAAGAUUGAAGCACAGCAACAUAAAGUUUGUCCGCAGACAGAAGAGUCAGUUUAUAAUGAUGGAUUUUUUGAACAACAGGAUGUGAUUGUUAACGCUUUAGAUAACGUAGAAGCUCGCCGAUAUAUGGAUGGACGGUGUGUAAUCAAUCAGAAACCAUUAUUAGAGUCUGGUACAAUGGGGACUAAAGGUCAUGUACAGGUUAUAGUACCACAUUUAACAGAAUCCUAUAGUAGUCAGAGAGAUCCACCUGAUGAAGAUUAUCCAUACUGUACAGUAAAAUCAUUUCCUGCAACAAUAGAACACUGUAUACAGUGGGCUAGAGAUAAGUUUGAACAAGCGUUUGUACAGAAGCCUCAGUUAUAUAAUAAAUUCUGGUCAACUAACGGAGAUAUCAAUAAUAUUCUAGAGAGAUUAAAGAGAGAAGAGAUGCUAGAAGGUUCGGUUAAAGUUAGUAAAUCAGCCGCUAGUCGACCUACAACUUGGUCAGAUUGUGUUCGACUUGCUAGACUCAAGUUUGAGAAAUACUUCAAUCAUAAGGCAAAACAACUUUUACAUAGUUUUCCACUGGAUACAACUCUGUCGGAUGGAAGUCCAUUUUGGCAGUCACCUAAACGACCACCUGCACCAAUAGAAUUUAAUCCCAAUAACGAUUUGCAUAUGUUAUAUAUACAGAGUUGUUCUCGGCUUUACGCUGAUAUUAGUCAUGUGACCUGGACACCGCAGGAUUUAGAAUAUAACUGUAUAAGAAAUAUUUUAGUCACUAUACCAGUACCAGAGUUUAUACCAUCCAAUAAGAAAAUAGAAACAGAUGAAGCAGCUAGUAAAGAAUCCAAUACAACAUCAUAUGGUGGAGAUGAGGAACAAGAAACAAUCCAUAGAUUCCUAAAUAUUGUACAAAAUACUUCAAAAAUACCAGUCUCUGUGAUAGUCAGUAAUCAGUCUCCGGUAGAGUUUGAGAAGGAUGAUGACAAUAACGGCCAUAUAGAUUUUAUAUCUACAUCAGCAAAUCUACGAGCGGAAAUGUACAGUAUAGAGAAUGCUGAUAGGUUAAAGAUUAAGCGUAUCGCUGGUCGAAUCGUUCCGGCUAUCGCUACAACUACAGCAGCUGUAUCCGGCUUAGUUUCUAUAGAACUCAUUAAAAUACUCGACAAGUCACGCCCUAUCGAACAUUAUAAAAACUGUUUUUUAAAUCUGGGUCUGCCAUUGAUGUUGUUAUCGGAACCUGGUCCAACCGAGAGAACUGUAAUCAGAGAAGGAUUAUCGUACACCAUGUGGGAUAGAUGGGAAGUAACAGGAAAUAAAGAUUUUACUUUACAACAAUUCCUAGAUUAUUUUAAGACAACGUAUGGUCUGGAACCUAGUAUGGUUGUACAUGGUGUUAAAAUGGUUUUUGUUCCAAUAAUGCCUGGUCAUAUGAAGAGAAAACCUCACACAAUGUUAAAGUUAUUAAAGCCUACAGCAAGUAUUAAAUACAUGGAUUUGGUUUUAUCAUUUGAUAAUGAGAGUGGGAACGAUGAAGAUGAAGAUAUAGCUGGUCCACCAGUCCGAUAUUAUUUUGGUUUAUGAUGAUUGUAGAAUAGAAUAUAUUUUGACUAGCGGAUGACGUGGCGCUACACGGGUUGUAUCUCCGAAACCGGAAGCGGUAGUCCAACUCCCCAGCUCGAACUACCCCAAUACACCAAAUUUCAACCUCGGGACAGACAGCCCUAGUGUAGCCGCCAACCCUGAACAAACAAACAAAC